CCGGCCGGCCGCGUCGCGGGGAAGCGCCGCGCCGGAAGGAGACCCGAGCGAGGGGGAGAGACAGCGACGCGGCGAUGGCGACGGCUUUUAAAACAGUGGAACCUUUGGAAUAUUAUAGAAGAUUUUUGAAGGAGAACUGUCGACCUGAUGGAAGGGAGUUAGGUGAAUUCCGGGCAACCACUGUCAACAUAGGUUCAAUUACAACAGCAGAUGGUUCUGCCCUGGUGAAGUUAGGAAAUACUACAGUAAUAUGUGGAGUUAAAGCGGAACUUGCAGCACCUCCAGUAGAUUCUCCUAAUAAGGGAUAUAUUGUUCCCAAUGUAGAACUGCCAUCCCUCUGUUCAACAAGGUUUCGCCCUGGACCUCCUGGUGAAGAGGCUCAGGCAGCUAGCCAGUUCAUUGCAGAUGUGAUUGAAAAUUCACAGAUGAUAGAGAAAGAAGAUCUGUGUAUUGCAAAUGGCAAGCUUGCUUGGGUGUUAUACUGUGAUAUCAUAUGUCUGGAUUAUGAUGGAAACAUUUUGGAUGCCAGUACCUUUGCUUUGUUAGCAGCAUUAAAAAAUGUACAGUUGCCAGCAGUUACGGUAAAUGAAGAAACAGGUUUAUCAGAAGUUAAUUUAAAACAGAAGAAUCCUUUGAUCAUCAGAAAGCAUCCAGUUGCCACAUCAUUUGCUAUAUUCGAUGACACGUUACUGAUUGUUGAUCCAACUGUAGAAGAGGAAGACUUAGCAACUGGAACAGUAACUGUUGUAACUGAUGAAGAAGGUAGACUGUGUUCAGUCCACAAGCCAGGUGGAAGUCCUCUGACAGGAGCCAAACUUCAGGAUUGUAUCACCAGAGCUGUUACAAGACACAAAGAAGUAAAGAAGCUGAUUGACAAAGUGAUAAAAAGUAUACAACCCAAAUGAACAAAAGGCAAGAUCUUUUCAAAAAUGGAUUUGUAAAAAUUGUAUUUGUUACAGUGUUCACAAACCUUUUAUACUAAAUAAACAAAUACCAAUACUACAUUUACAAAGUUCAUUUUUUCUAAAAUGAUUUUCACCCUUAUACUAUAUACAAUGCUGCUGAAUGGUAAAAAAUACAGGAUAAAACAUUCUGUUAAAAAAAUUAAAUGACUUAAGGAAACCAAGCCCUAGCUGCUUUAUAGAUGCUUUGGUUCCCUAAAACAGCUUCAUUUAUUUCAGUGUAACUUCAAAAGUUCAUUUUCCCACCAGCAAUGUAAAACACUGAUUUGUUUUUAAGCUUUCUCCUUUUUAAAUAUAGAAAAUCCCCUUUGAAUCAUUAAUUAUGAGCAAAUGCAAGUCUCAGGAUUUUGGAGGAGCCGGCAUGCCUCUUUUCCUUUUACUUUUUGAGUGGCUGCCUGAAUGCUGUUGAUGUCGUAGGCGAGCUGCUUGUGCUGCUGCUGCUGCCAUAGCCAUUUGAUGCUGCAAGAAUCGCAACUGCUGCCAUGAAAAAGGAGGGAAAAAAAAAAAAAAAAAGCUUGUUAAGAGUUAGCUUUGUAGCUACCUUUCCUCUCAGGAAGAAUGACAGGAAGGGAAAAAUGAAAUAAAUUGAGAGAAAGUACAGGGUUAACAAAAAGGAAUACACCACAUACUGGGGCAAUAAAUACAGUCAAGCAGCACCAGUGGCACAGAAGCCUACUGAGGGUGUAUCAAAUAUUUUAAACAUAUACCUAGUGUUGUUUCUUUGCCUGCCCUCUCAGUUGCAGUAACUGCAGUAACUCAGCAACUUCAGUGAAUCUGUUUGGUUAAGCAGUACAUUUUUAGCAUAGUAUUUCUUUAGUUUAUGUCUUUUCCACAUGUAUCACCUGAAGGAGACUGUGGUAGAAUACUAAGAUCUUCUUUAUAAAGCAUCUGAAUGACAGUAUGCUAAAGGAAUGCUUUGCCAGAGCUACUUUUUCCACGUACUAACUGGAGCUGUGCUACAUUUGAACUUACAGGUGCUUACAGUUCAUGUUGUUAUAUUAUUCUGAAAUCUUAAUGGCACCUGCUAUUUUUUUUUAAUGUGCCACAAGCACUCCUUGAAUGUUAUCAAAUCAGGAAGGUGGAUGGCUUCAAUGAAUAAAAAUAAAUUCAGUGCUCCAAGCUGAGAUAACAACAAAUUCUUAAAUCUUUCAAGAUGUAGUUUGCCAAAAUGUUUUACUGGUUGAGAGACCAUGAAGACAUUAGUAAAAAAAAAUAAAAAAUAAAUAAAUAAAAAAAAAUCUAAGAGGCACAAUUUUUUGGUUUGGAGCUGAGAAUUAUUAUAUUUGUUUUUAAAUGCAGUCAGAGUGAAGUUGCUGGAUUACUUGUAUCUGUUGCUGCUGCUGCUGCAAGGCUUGUUGUUGUUGUUGUAGGGCAGAAGAGAGCUGGAGUCUCUGCUGAGGAAGGCUUUGCUCAGGUCUGUUCAUGGCAGAGCCAAGCUGAGACAACACUAUGAAAAGGAAAAGGGGAAGCAGGCAGGUCAAAGAGGUGAGGUUGAGUUUGCCAGGGUUAGAAAAGGAAGACACAGGAAUAGAAAGUAACAAAAAGAGGAAUCAGUAGAAUUAGUUUCAAAGUAAAAUUGGAAACAAUACAGAAUAAAAUGUGAUAUACAUACUCGGUUAGUUAGAAGGUAAUUAGAUUAUGAAGUGCAUGUAGAGACACAAAAAGAACUUUCUCAUACUGGAUGUUAAGCACAGUUAAAGAAACAUUCCUCAAUGAAGUCUGGCAUGAAAAUUUUCUGUAUUUUCUUUUUGUAUUAAGUGUGACUUACAUCCAUAUCCUUUAAAGAUGAUCAAUUUACUAUGCUUAACUGCUAAACAAAGCAGAGAAGUGCAUGCUUUGAAAGAAACUAUUUCUUGUAUAAU